AUGUCCAUCCUCUGGAAGGCAAAGUAUGGCGCAAUCAGACUGACCGAGGGUCAAUGGCAGCUCAGUGUCUUCCACGGCCUCAAGCUCCCAGACAUCUUCAAGGUCAUCAGCACCCUGAGAGGACCUUCUUCACGCAACGCCCUCUUCAGGUUCUUCUCCCAUACUCUCCCGAUCAAUCAUAUGAGAGCAGACGCUGACUGCACUCUUUGUGGCAACUCCUGCACAGACCAACCCUACAAUCACUUCUACUUUGCCUUCCAGAGGAUGGCAUAG